GCAGACUUCAUCACUAUCAUGUUGAUGGAGUUCCCAAUUUCAGGCAAGACUAUGUUGACGCACGGAGAACAACACUUCCCUGACUGCCAGACGCUUGCUGCCUCCUUUGCUAUUUCAUCCUCUGUUUUGGAAGCUACAAUUUGAUCCAUCCAAGUACUGCUCACGUCCACACUAUUAAGUCCAUCAACCGUUCAUUCGAAGAGUACUCGCAGAUACUACCUUCAGACAGCAAUGGCUAACUCGGUCGAUAUUUCUUCUGGGCCGAAGUCAUGGUCUGAGCUACCUCAACCACUUCCGGAGCAUGAUAUGGUGGAACUUGAACACAAAGUACACUCGUGCGAGGAGGUCAUCGGAUACAAUUUCAAGAACAAAUACCUAUGCUUUGAAGCACUCCUAACAUACAGCGCGACUGUAAUUCACGAUGGAGCUGAGCUUAUCGUUCGAAAGAACGACUCGCUUGCUAUCCACGGCGACGCAGUUCUAGACGUCCAUUUGUCCUCUCUUUGGCUGAAGACCGGACGGUCGAAAGAGGAGUAUACCACUGUACGACUCGAAGUCGCUGGCAUCAAGAACUUAGCAGCGAUCUGCCUGGAUCGCGGCCUCGACGAGUGUGCUUUUCUCGAGGAGAGAACUUGGAAUUUGAAGAGUUCUCACCGUGCGAGAGCGACGUUGCUUAAGGCGGUGAUCGGAGCGGUGGCUCAGGAUACGAAGCUAGAUACCAAUGUACUCGGAGGGCUCUUGUUUCGACUGGGGUUCCGGCAUGAACUCUUGGAAUCGAGAGCAGAAUGA